GGAAUGCACUGCUGGCGGCUUCUAGUGGUCUCGUCACUCUUAACGGUGCUACAAACCCUCCUUUAUUAUCAACAAUAAGUCACACCGCAUCAACCGCAAGGAACCGCAACCGCAAACCCACAUCGAACACACACAUCAGAAACACAAACAAUUAUCAACAUGAAAUUCAAACUGCUGUUGUUGGUCAGCCUUUUCUGUUUGUUAGCUGUGCAAGCAAGGCCCGCGGAAGAUGAGUACGCCGAGUACGAGGAUGAACCUGCGCCUCCACCAAAACCUACUCCACGUAGCAACAUUUUGAAGGGCAGACGCAAUCCUUUGGCCGGUCGCGCCGCAAGUGCUAAACCAGCUAGUACCACUACAGCAGCUCCAGUUGAGGAAGAGGAGAUCGUCGAUGAAGAUGAGCCCGUCGAAGAGCCCGUUGAAGCAACCCCAUCCACUGAAGCGCCUAAGAAGAUCAAGGGCGGAGUGAGGCCAUUCAGGAGCAACGACGACCUCCUCGCAGCUCUUAAGCGCAGAAGGGAACAAGCCGCCAACAUCAAGAGUCAACCAAAGGCCGAGAAACACGAGGAGGAAUCCCAGGCCGCCGCCGAACCGGCCGUGAGCAAAGCCCGCGCCACCAGCGGCAGGAAGAGGUUCAACACCCCUAAGAACGUUGAGGCCGCCGCCUCUCAGGAUGAACCUGCCACCUCCGCCCCAGUCAGAAGCGGCAGAAGGUUCUCCACUAGGAACUAAAAUUUCUCUAUCCUAAAACUUAGUUACAUUUUUUUUUGCCGUAAAAUUAUUUUUUAUUUUUUUUUUCUGUUUAUUUUCUUUCUCCUUGGAGAGAUCUUACGAGUGAAACAAAGAAGUAAAAAGUUAUCCUUCCUAAAAAGAUAAAAAAAUAUAAAGUCUCCUUAAUCCUUACCGAAGGAUCCCGCAUUGGAAA